AUAGCUGCCCUCAGCCUUAACCAAUCACAACCUCUUACCGUUUCAGCAGUAAUUACAAACGUCUCCCUUUCGUCGACAUCAAUUCAUAGGGAGACGUUCCCACGUACAAGACCAAGAUAGGUGACCCAAGAUAAAAAUGUUUAAAUUUUUCUAACCUAAAUCUCAGCGGUUAGGUAACUUGAAGAGUCGGUCUCCAAAAUAGGUCCCACCACACUUGCGUAAAAAGCGUAGACUCUUUUUCUUCAUGUCUAUAAAAUACCACUCUUUCUUCACAAAGAAGGCAAGGAAAAGAUAACUGCAAUACCAAAACAUAACAUGGCUCCUCUUAGGUUUUUUUUCUUGUUCCUCUCACUCUCUUUUUCAUCUUCAGGAUCUAUAGGAAUAAACUACGGAAGAAUAGCGAAUAAUUUACCAACACCGUCAAAGGUGGUUGAGCUCUUAAAAACACAAGGUAUCACCCGCGUGAAGCUCUACGACACUGAAUCCACCGUCCUCACAGUGCUUUCAAACUCCGGCAUUAAAGUCGUCGUUGCCAUGCCAAACGAGCUUCUCUCCAACGCCGCCGCGGACCAAUCUUUCACCGACAUAUGGAUCCAAACCAACAUCGUUAAAUACUACCCGGCAACUCAAAUAGAAGCCAUUGCUGUCGGAAACGAAGUGUUCGUAGACCCGAAAAAUACUACAAACUACCUCGUACCCGCUAUGAAAAACGUUCAAGCAUCCCUUGUCAAAAAGAAUCUCGACAAAGUUAUUAAAAUCUCUUCCCCAAUUGCACUCUCCGCUUUACAAUCUUCUUACCCAACCUCAUCCGGUACGUUUAAAACCGAAUUAAUCGAACCGGUUAUUAAACCGAUGUUGGAGUUUCUUCGUCAAACCGGUUCUUCCUUAAUGGUUAACGCUUAUCCUUUCUUCGCUUAUGCUGCUAACUCAGACACAAUAUCUUUAGAUUACGCGUUGUUUAAACAAAACCCUGGUGUAGUUGAUUCUGGUAACGGUUUAAAGUAUAGUAACCUUCUUGAUGCUCAAAUCGACGCCGUUUAUGCUGCCAUGUCAGCACUUCAAUACAACGACGUUGGAAUAACCGUUUCGGAAACGGGUUGGCCUUCCUUAGGUGACUCUAACGAGAUUGGAGCUGGAGAAGACAAUGCGGCGUCGUAUAACGGAAAUUUAGUGAGGAGAGUUUUGAAUGGAAGUGGGACCCCUUUAAGACCAAAUGAAACGGUUAAUGUUUUUUUGUUUGCUCUGUUUAACGAGAAUCAGAAAACGGGUCCUACGUCGGAGAAAAACUAUGGGUUGUUUUACCCGAGUGAGGAGAAGGUUUAUGAUAUUCCGUUGACUGUGGCGGGUGUUAACAAAACGUCGUCUUCGGCGGCGAAUGGGGGUGUGGGAAGGAGUGUGGUUCCGGUGAAAGGUGACGUGUCGGCGGUGGUGAAUCGUGGUGAGACGUGGUGUGUGGCGAAUGGCGGUUAUUCUGAGGAGAAACUGCAACACGCGCUUGAUUACGCGUGUGGGGAAGGUGGGGCUGAUUGUAGUCCGAUUCAACCGGGUGCCACGUGUUAUAAUCCGAAUACGUUGGAGGCGCAUGCUUCGUAUGCUUUCAAUAGUUUCUAUCAGAAGAAGUCACGCGGGAGUGGUACGUGCGAUUUCGGUGGUGCUGGUUAUGUUGUUACUCAACCUCCUAGGUAUGGAGCAUGCAAUUUUCCCACAGGCUAUUGAAAGGACAGAAAAGGAGUGGGGUUAGGUUAUAGAUUUUGGGUUAUUUCUAUUUGUAUUAGUAUCAUUUCUUGAGAUUAUUAUUGACUUUGGAUUAAUUAAUUGGGGAUUGGGUGGUGUUUUAGGCUUUUUUUUACUCUUGUGUGAAUUGUUGAAUUAUAAUUCUUAUGGUUUAUUUUUAUAUCCUAAUAAAUGAUUAUUUAUUGGUAGUA